AUGAGCAAUGUAAGAAGUAUACUUGAAGAAUGUCAGACCAAACAAGACCCCAAUUAUUUAUUGAGAGCUUAUACCUGUGAUUCGGACUUUUACAAAGAACUUAAUAAAACGUUGGCUAGAGAAGAUGGAGUAGUUGAGAAAGAAGACGUGCUCAAACGCUGGGAUUUCGUGUAUACUGCGGCAAUUUUAAACCGACCGGAUUUGAAAACAUUUCAAUACAAAGGUAUCGCUUAUCGUGGUAUGUGGAUCACUGAGGAAGACUUAGCAUCAUACAAAGUUGGUGCAAAAAUGUAUAAUAAAAGCUUCUUGUCAACAUCGAAAAUUAUCGAAGUCGCCGAAGAUUUCCUAUACAAGCAUAUGGAUUUAAGUAAGGCACCUGUCAUAUGCGAGUAUCAUAUCAGCACACCAAAGAUUUCGUUAGACAUUUCGAAAUACUCUGUAUUUGAAAACGAGCAGGAAGUUUUGAUUCUGCCGUAUACACCUUUGAGAAUCAAAAAACGACGUAAAGAUGGCGACAGGACACGAAUUACGAUCGAAACUCUUUGA